UUCUCAAAUAAACCUGCUCCUGCCUGACAUUUUCCUGCACACGCCUUUGGGUUUCACAGUGUCAAGAAAGUUUCAUUACGUUUCUCCAAUCGUCGUGCCAGCAGCAGUAAAACCAUGAUACGCUUGCACUCCGUGGCUGCCGUAAAAUCACACGAUAGUCGUGACGCAGCGCAGGGGUACCAAUGCACCUGCACACAACGAAACUCUGUCACAUUUCAUAGACACCUAAGUCACAUCAUUAAUAUGGAGACAAUAAAGGUGACUGGAGAAAAAUAAGACAAACGAUGUCCGCGAAACGAAGCCACUUUAGAUCACGGUCUUGUGAGGAUUUUGUCCGGAGUUCUGGGAGGGAUAUGCCAGUAAGACUUUCUUUUCGUUACGUUGGCCAAACAGUCAGAUCUUAUUUUCGUGAGCUGCGCCCAUGAGUUGGGUGCAGUGGUAGACCGAACAUGUUUCUGCACGCUGUAACUUUCGUGUCGCUGCUUCAUGUGGUCAAGCCACUGGACUGCUGCGGGCCUACUCUGACGGAACCUCUGCGAGAUGUCACUGGGCCAGCAACGCCUGGGGUGCAAGUCUCAAGCCAGCUCUUUGGAAAUGUGUCGGGACAGCCUGUGUUUCGUUUUACGAUCAAAACUAAAGACAUUUCCGUUCAGGUUAUGAACUACGGGGCGUACUUGACGUCCAUCACUGUGCCUGACAAGCAGGGCCGCUCGAAGGACGUGCUGCUGGGCCACGACACGCUCAAAGAAUACGUCGAUAACCCACAAUAUUUCGGUGCUACCAUCGGUCGGGUAGCCAACCGCAUCGCCAACUCUUCAUUCACCCUGGAUGGGAAAGUGUACAAGCUCAACCCUUCAGGAUCGCGAGCACACUACACCAUCAAGGGAGGCGUCAAGGGCUGGGACAAGUGCGUGUGGAAAGCCUCCACGCGCGCAGACGGCGUCACGUUCAGUCUGCUUUCGCCGGACGGCGACGAGAUUUUCCGGGGGGCAGGGCAGGCACUACUUCAAAAUGAAACUGAAAAUGAGAACUCCAAGAAUGUGAAGGAAUGUGUGGAGAAUAUCAAGAAUGCGCACGAAUGUGUUGGGAAUGCAAUGUUAAUUAUCAGUACUGUUCCAGGAACCACUGCAAAAGUGGAGGGAACCCCGUACGACUUCUGCACACCCCGUCUAUUGAAAGAUGUGCUGCCGAAGGUGGACUACGACACUGAUCUUCUCGUCUCAAAAUGCCAUACCACACCAAACCAGAUGGUUCGCGUAGCUGAGGCAGAGCAUACCAUUUCGGGCCGCACUUUUGAAUUGUACUCCGAUCAACCAGGGAUACAGCUUUUCACCGCCAACAACUUACCUGACCCUUCGAGCAAGAAGACGCCUGUCGUCGGGAAAGGAGGGGUGCACUAUGAAAAGCACGGCGCAUUCUGCAUUAUCAGCCAAAUUAUUACGACUCACUUCACUAUGUGAAGAGUGUCCCAGACUCAGUGCUGCGUCCUGGAGAAACAUACAAACACAAUAUGCUGUUCAAAUUCGGUGACAAAAAUUAAAACGUUCGCGAUUUGAAAACUGCCAAUGAUAAAGGAGUAAACAAACUAUUAUUGCC